CGGAGUCAGAAAUUUCAUAGAGACAUUUGCAUCCUCCCUCACCACUCAAAGUUCCGUUGUAAUCAUAAGCUCACAGCCACUACUCUCGACUAGUCUUACUACUGUGCGCCCCAUCGACAGAAUGACUAGUAACACCUCAUCUCGAGUGACACCUCGGCCCAGUGAGCUUCCAGAUGCAAAACGUGACGCUAUCAGGGCCUUCGAAGUUUUGAAAAACGGCGGCGUCAUCAUUGGCCCAACCGAUGUCGGAUACGGCAUGAUGGCCGCAAGCGUCGAUGCGAUCGAGCGUAUCUUUACCGCUAAGAGGCGUAAAGCAGGACAUUCCAUGGGCGUCAUCGGAACAUACGACCUUCUCACGCGACUAUAUGAUCUUCCAGAUGGGAAAUACACCAUCGUUCGAACAUUUACGGAAGAAUUAGGUUUGACAGUUGCUUUCGUUGGAAAAAUGAAAGAGUCAGCGGCAGAACUUAUUCCGAAUGUCGAGCGGGUCGUAAAGAAUGGUACUUUAGGUUUCGCCAUAGGGGAAGGUCCUUUUUCACGUGAACUUGCGCGGCUAAACGAUGAGAAUGGUUUAGUGAUGGUGGGCAGCAGUGCCAACUUGACGGAUCAGGGGCAGAAAUUUCGAGUUGAAGACAUUGAGCCUGAGAUUAUUAAAGCAGCUGAUUUGGUUGUUAACUAUGGUCGACAGAAGUGGCACUUGUAUGGAAGAGCUGGGACUAUCUUGGACCUGGAUAAUGAAGGUGUCUUGCGGAUUGGGGCAAACUAUGAGAAUAGAAGGGAGAAGCUGAUUGAUUUGUUUGGAUGGGCUGUUCCAGAAGAUCCGGACUAUGAUAUGACUGGGAAGAAGACGGUUGGCUUUUAAAUCAAGGCGAGUUCUGAUAGCCGAAACUUAUAGCACAGAACAUUGAAGGAAAAUGCGAGAUGAUUAC